GAUAUAAGGCCCAGGCAGGAUUUCCUAUCAUCAAGCACGAUUACCAUGAGUAAAUUGUCAGAAGACGCACAGCUUCUCACAAUUAGUGUCGCAUCUAGUGAAGGCGUAAAGGCGCCGCUUCCGAUGGAUGCUCUACCUUCUAGAUGUCCUAUGUCUUGCAGAGAUGGAAGCUUAAAGCGAUCAUCUACAACCAAGACUCCAAACAGCAAUCGCACAAUAACGACACGGAUGUCGAGAAAGUUAGCUUUGUGCUUUGUCUAGAUUCAUACUACCCGCGGAACCGUUGAUCAAAUGCACGUCAUGCAACUCUCGUAAGCUGCUAUAAAAAUGAAGCUCUAUCAAUCUUCAAGUAUUUCAACCACCAAGCGGUAGACAAAAGGACUUUUUGACAUCUACCUAUACAUCUGCAAUAUAUCAGACAUCAUGUCAUCAGUCCCCAAAACCAUGAGAGCUGCCCGCCUGGUCGAGUACAACAAGAAGUAUCAAAUACACGAGGUUGAUGUCCCUAAAUACGGAGAAAAUGAUUUGCUAGUCAAAAUCGGCGCAGCAGGAUUCUGUCAUACAGAUUAUCAAGUCUAUGAAGGCUUCUACCAAUCUCAGACUCCUCAGAUCGGCUCUCACGAACCAGCAGGAACUGUUGUCGCGGUUGGAAGCAAGGCUGCCAAGUCUUUCAACGAAGGCCAACGUGUAGGCGUACUCCUUUUCAGGCACGCCUGUCACGAGUGUGUUGGUUGCAAGACCACUAGAGACAUACGCUUUUGUGAGAAGAAGGAGAUGGCCGGGGUCACAAGCGAUGGAGCGUUUGCCGAAUACAUGAUCGCGGAUGCCGACAACACUGUCUUGCUGCCUGAGACCAUUCCGUUUGAGCAGGCUGCACCUUUGAUGUGUGCUGGUGCAACGGUCUGGGGCGGUAUCUCUAAGCUUGGUCUUCCUGCAGGCGAAUCCGUCGGCAUUCUGGGAAUUGGAGGCCUUGGUGGGCUCGGUGUCCAGUUUUGCAAAGCACUCGGCUACUCGACUGUCGCGAUAGACAAUCGUCCAGAAGGACGUGAUCUAGCCACUGAGUUUCCACUCAAAGCGGAUUUGGUCAUUGACUACAACGACGAAAAGGCAGGCGAAAAGAUUGUGGAAUGGUCGGGCAAAGGUGGACUUGCAGGCAUUGUCGUCUGCACUGACAACGUUCAAGCGAUAGAGUGGUCGCUAAAGACACUGCGACCUCAUGGAAUCUGUGUCCCUCUCGGAGUGCCAGGAGAAGGCUUUCAUUUUGGAUCAUUCGACCUAAUUGGAAAAGAAAUCAUCGUCAAGGGUUCUGGAGUGGCUAACAGGUCGGAAGUAGAGGAGAUGAUGAAGGUUGUGGCAUCUCAUGGUGUCAAGUCAUAUGUGAGAACCGUGCCUUUCGAGAAGACGCCAGAUCUUCCCGAGAUGUACAUGGACAAUCAUUUGAAGGGGCGUCUGGUCAUGAAAUUCUGAUCCUGCUUGAAUAGUAAAUUUCUUGGUCAGUAGACAUUCGGGCUGAAAGCGAAGCCCUCAUUAUGACUCCGACACUUGGAAUCACAGCUUGUACUGAUG